GCGACCUUAAACGCUGCUAAGAGAAUGCUGAACCGCAAAUCCGAAGAGAGUAUUAUCAGAGACCCUUUUCUCGUGUGAAGAGCGUCAAUGGCCGUGCCACUUGCUCAGACUACUCUCUUGUUCAGAACUUCACUCCUUCUCUCCAAAAAUGCCCUCAGAAGCUUCACCUCUUGCAUUCCUCCCUCAUCCUCUUCUUCCUCUUAUUCUUCCUCUGAGCUUCACCGCAAGAAAUGGAGGCAACCAGUGGCCUCGGUGCUCGAAUUUGGUGGAGUCAAGAUCGGUCGAGAAGAUGUGGUAAGGGAUGAUCCCACAAACAAUGUCCCGGAUUCAAUUUUUUCAAGACUCGGAAUGCAACUUCAUAGAAGGGAUCAGCAUCCGAUUGGGAUUCUGAAGAAUGCAAUAUAUGAGUAUUUUGAUACCAGUUAUUCAAAUACGUUUGAUAAGUUUGAUAAUCUCUGCCCAAUUGUAUCUGUAAAACAGAACUUUGAUGAUGUCUUGGUUCCUGCUGAUCAUGUAAGCAGGAGUUAUAACGACACAUACUAUAUUGACUCUCAAACUGUUUUGAGGUGUCAUACAAGUGCACAUCAGGCAGAACUAUUGAGAAAAGGACACACUCAUUUUCUUGUAACAGGAGAUGUGUACCGUAGGGAUUCCAUCGACUCAACUCAUUACCCCGUGUUUCAUCAGAUGGAAGGUGUUCGUGUGUUUCAACCGGAUGAGUGGGAGGCAUCUGGCAUAGAUGCCACAUCUUAUGCAGCCGAGGACUUGAAGAAGUGUCUUGAGGGCUUAGCACGUCAUCUAUUUGGUGCUGUGGAAAUGCGCUGGAUUGAUGCUUAUUUCCCAUUCACCAAUCCGUCAUUUGAACUUGAGAUAUACUUUAAGGAGAAAUGGCUGGAGGUUUUGGGUUGUGGUGUGAUGGAACAAGAAAUCUUAAAGAGAGCUGGCAGAGUGAAUAAUGUUGCCUGGGCUUUUGGCCUUGGCUUGGAGCGAUUGGCAAUGGUUCUAUUUGACAUACCAGAUAUCCGACUUUUCUGGUCAAAUGAUGAACGAUUUACCUCGCAGUUUUCCAAGGGCCAGCUGGGAAUCAAAUUCAAGCCAUUUUCAAAGUUUCCUCCUUGUUACAAAGAUAUGAGCUUUUGGAUCAAUGAAUCGUUCACCGAAAACAAUUUAUGUGAGAUUGUCAGAGGAGUUGCUGGAGAUCUUGCUGAGGAGGUGCUUUUGAUAGACAAUUUCACCAACAAGAAAGGAAUGACCAGUCAUUGUUAUAGGAUUGCAUAUCGAUCCAUGGAACGUUCACUCACAGAUGAGGAAAUUAAUGAGUUGCAGUGGAAUGUGAGGGACCAGGUGCAGAGCAAGCUGAAUGUUGUUAUCAGAUGAGCGUUCCUGAUGCAUUGUGCAGCUUAUAUCAUGUAUAUUUCCUCAUACCACAUUGCUAAUUUACAGCUUUUACUGUAUUCUUUAGUCGUGAUUUUGCUUUGCAAUACACAAUUUUGAGUCAAUAAUGACAAGCAAAGCACCCCCAUAGAGUGAAGGGGACCUGAAAUUCCACAAUCAACAAUUUUGUUUUAGUAUUUUUAAAUUUCUAAGAGCCAUUAUCUCA